ACGGCGACGGACGCAGCAGCAGCGUGUGAGAAUCACGUUAGCUAACAUGGAUUGGACAAACUAUGUUUGGAUGUAAUUUGGUUUUAGGUAUCUUCGCGAAACAUUUUCAUUUUUAUGACACCGUGCUUUAGGACUUUGUAAGUGUUACGUUGUGCUGUUAGUCGUGUGUUUUCUAAGGCUACAGUAGUAAAGUAACGGGUGUAAAACUAGCCGGUGUUUACAUCUUUGAAAGAGGUUGUGUGGUGACCUUGCUGGCAGUUAAGCCAAAAUACUGCAUUUUACAUCAUUUGAAUGUAAUUUUCAAAAUAUUUUAUAGUGCGUCCAUAUUAGUAAUGUGAAAAGAGUAGGAUAAACAUUAAUUAAUUGUCAUAUUAAAAUGUCUGUGCGGGUGACAAAAGAGGUUGUGAGAUGGGCUCUUCGCUUCUGCAGCCGUGGUUCUCUUGGUCAACAUCGCAGCUCCCUGUUGACAACAUCAAUCAAGGACAAAUCUAAGCAGUUGGCUCUCAUUCUGGGUGCAGGGCAAAGCCAGACAUCCCUGAGUAGAAGUCUUGUCAGCUCAGUAAGGUUUUACUCACAGGAUGGGACACACAAUGAGGACUCUGAGGAGAGGGAGCGUCUCUCCUCUUCACUUCCCGCUGAGGUCCAGUCUGAUGACCCUGCCUCAAGUCGGCCACCGUGGAUGUCCGCUUUCAUGGACCACCUGCAGGGCUGUGGCUCCCCGUCAGACGUGCUGGACCUCACCUGCGAGUACUCACCCACGCCUCGAGAGGUCAGCAACUGCCUCACCCACAUGUGGUCCUGCAUGAAGAAGUUGACCGACGAGCAGCGGCGCUACGAGCUGAGGCUGAUGUUCGAGCAUCACGCUUUCGACCAGCUGCUGCAAGAGGCCAUGAAGAAUGUGAGGCUCGUGCACAGCGAGGAUUUGGCCUAUUCUCUCAUAAGUAUGAUCAAUCUCGGAGUUCCGCAGGGCAGCCGAGUGGUCCAGACUUUCCUCCGAGCCUGCCAGGAGAAUCUGAAUGACUUUGAUGAGAAGGGCCUGUCCAUCUUGGCCUCCUGUCUUGAAAAUAUGGAGAACAGCCCCAAUGUUUCAGCACUGAAGGACGGCAUGAGGCUGGUAGUUGAGGCCCAACUUCCCACGAUCCAGAGUGUGAUGUCUCUCCAAACUAUGAUGCGUGUGCUGGGGAAAGACACCCCACUGCAUCUGAAACGUAAACUAGAGGGUAAGGCUGUAUCAAUGAAAGACCAGUUCAGCCUUCCUAACUCUCUGCACAUGAUCUCCACUAUGGUCACAUUGGGCUUCCACUCCAAACCCCUGCUGGAUGUCUGCACCAAUAAUAUCAGAGAAAACCUGAAUGGGAUCCCGUUCAACAGAUUGUUCAAACUCCUCUUGUCCUGCAGGGAUCUGCGCUACAGAGACUCUGAUCUGUUCAAAGACAUUUCAGACUACGUGGCCUCCGUGAUUUACAUGUGGACCAACAAACAGGUGGUCCUCUUCCUGUUUGUGUUCGAGAGCCUCGGCUUCUGUCCCGACGCUUUGAUGGAGGAGUUUGCCGAGAAAGUGAUCGCCGAUCCGGAUGCUCUGACACUGAAAGACCUCCUCUGUGUCCUGAAGGUGUACUCCUCCCUCAACUAUGAUCUGCAGCAUCGGAGACAGCAGUUCCUGGAUAGUCUCUGUCAGGUUCUGGAGUCCUAUCUGCCUAAGAUGUCCAGGUUUGAGUUGUUACGGGCCGUUUUCUCUCUGUGUAUACUCGGCCACUUCCCCUCUGCACCGCUGGAGAAGCUCCUGAAGGAGAGCACAGUGGAGCAGUUACAGAUGACAUCACCAAAGUUCCUCGAAAACCAGAGCAGACUGUUACGGAUGCUGGACUUGUGCCUCCGUCUUGAUCGCCCUGCGCUCUCUCGGCCCCUGACCGUCCCCUCGUCUUUCCUGGUAGACUACACCCCCGUCCACCCGUCUAUCAACUCGGUGCUCUCGCUGUGCCUGCGGGAUGUGCUGGGGGACGAGGCCGAUAGAAUACUGAUAGAGGAGGAGGUUGUGGUGGAGAACGUGUACUUCAUAGAUGCUGUGAUAACCAAACCUCUGCCGAACCAAACCUCUGUGACUGAAGCCACCAGUCCUCCAGCAGAGAGCAGUCAAAGAAUCGCGGUACUCUGUGCCCCACCCUCCGCUGUUUGCUUCGGCACCUCUCGUCCUCGGGGUCCCCUGGCUGUAAGGAUCCGCCAUCUGAGGAUUCUGGGAUAUGACCCUGUCAUGGUAACAGAGCAGGGGCUGCAAUUUAUGUCUGAGGAAAAAAGGAAGGAGUUUCUCAGGGAACAGAUUUAUCCAGAACACCACGGAGGCCAAAAACAACCUGAAAUGGAGCAACUGGGAUCUUGAGGACGUAUGUCAGUCUCUGCCUGAACACACUGAUUUGUAAACAUCUCAAAGUGAAUAAAUGUGAAUCUGUACAUGAAGUAUUUAAA